AUGAAUGAAAUCCAUGAACUCAGAUCGCUGAGUGUUCCCGAAAUGACUGAGGUUGACGGAGACACGAUAGACGUAAAUAUACCAACUUCUAGCGGAAUGCUACUGUUUACGAAGAGCAAAGUGUACGUUCAUCCUUCCUCUACGACAUCGAAAAAGAAUAUUCCUGGCUACCUUUCACUUUCCCAAAUUUCUGUUGGUGAUUACAGCGGACGAGCUGGAAAUCAUUUUCUGCUUUCUUGGAUUCCGGAGGACUUUUUUAGACUUCAUCCCGAGGCUCUCAACGCUUACAGAGAUGCAGAGUCUGGUGUAAACACGAUGGCGGCUGUAAGCCUGCCUUCCCGUUUGGAUUAUGCCUUUAGUGUCCGAUUGAGCGAUGUCUAUUCGAUUUUAUUCUGUCCUCCAAAGUACAAUUGGAGCUAUGGACGAAUUAUUAUCAAUUUACGAAAUGAGCAGGACCUUGUGCCUCCAUUGUAUUUCCAUGAUGACGAAUGUCGUAGUACAAUUGAACAGGAGAAGGCGCAACGAAAAAGCCAAUUUGAUCCUUUUGAUGAAAGUGGAGACGUUUUUUGGGGAGGUGCUCAUUUUCUCAUGUUCCUAAAGCGUUAUGCUCAUGUGGUUCGUGCAAAUGGCUCAUCCCAACUUUUCCUUAUCAAUCCAACCAGUGAAGAUAUAAUUUCCUCAAGAGCUCUUAUGUCUUCUGUCCCCGACACCUCUUCCUUUGCCGCUCCUUACAUUCCUCCCACGCCUUCUGUCAACAUUCCUCCUACACCUUCUGUCAGCAUUUCUCCUGAAACAAGAGAAGCCCUCGUCCAGCCAAUGCAAAAUUUGUUUGCCAAGUUUGGUUGGAAUGUCUUCUCCAAGUUUAGCAAGGUUACGCUUUAUGGCAGGGAAAAGCUUGAUCAAGCAUUGGAUCAUCCCAUUGCCAAGUCGAUUGUUCCCCACUUGCCAAAGGAAACACAGCUGAUGCUUUCUUCCAACCGGGUAAAGCGUCUUGCAGAAGAAUAUGACCCAGCUCGUUUAUUCCUGGCUCACUGGGCAGAACAAGUCGCCGAACAGGCAGAAAGCAUGAACUCUAAGAGGGAUAGCAACGGGCAAAUAAUCACGGAAACAACGAAUGAAGAGCCCUCUGCUGUUGGUUCUUUUGAACUCAUUACACUUGACACACUUGCACCUCACGCAAAGCGUGGCAAACCACUCACGAAAGCUCAGUGGUCCGAAAUGUUUGACGCUGAGGGUAGAUUUGUGCGUACGCAAAAGGAAUGCCUUUCCAUCAUUUUCCACGGCAGUAUUGAGCCAGACAUCCGUGGGGAGGUCUGGCCCUUUUUGCUUGAAAUAUACCCAUGGACUUCGACCGCUGAAGAACGAGUACAGAUUGACCGACAAUUGCGUAGUGAAUACCGCCGUUUGAAGGAGGCAUGGUAUAACGAUCUCGAUCGACAAAUGAACGAUGCCUUCUUCUUGGAGCAAAAGCAUCGUAUUGAAAAGGACGUCCACCGGACAGACCGUCAACACGAAUACUUUGCUGAGGAGAAUCUUCCCCAUCCGGAUCCCCAAUCUACGUUUACAGGAACAAACUUGCAUAUGGAAAUGUUGAAAGAUAUUCUUUUGACAUACAACGAUGAUUCUAUGGCGUUCUGGGGAAUGGUUGGUCUUAUGAAGCGAAUGUGCUACAACUUCCGUCGUGAUCAAAAGGGUAUGCGUAGACAAUUGGAGACGCUUCGCCAAUUGAUAAAAUUCAUGGAUCCUAUUCUCUAUAAUCAUUUAGAGAAGACAGAUUCGGCCAACCUGUUCUGCUUCUUCCGUAUGCUUUUGAUUUAUUUCAAGCGCGAAUUCGAUUGGACUCAGCUUUUGCAGCUUUGGGACGUGCUUUUUACGAACUUCCUUUCUUACCAAUUCCAUAUUUUCGUUGCAAUGGCAAUUAUGGAAAGACACCGGGAAGUGAUUCUCAGUCAAACGCACGCGUUUGAUGAGGUGCUCAAGUACUUUAACGAUCUUGGAAUGCAUAUUUCCCUUGAUCCAACCCUCGAGUGUGCAGAGCAACUUUUCUACCGUUUCCGAAGCAAGGUUGAAAUGAUUGAUCGCCGCAAUUCGGAAAAGGAACAAGAAGACAAGGCAUCGUCCACUUCUAAAGCAGAGGACAAACCAGAGCCACAGGAGGUGACGAAGUACUUGAGAAGCUUGUUGGGUACUGAACCCGUGGACUACAGUGAAGAAUAA